UUUGUUAUCAACAGUCAUCACUGCUCAUCAUCAUCUUCAUCUUCAUCUUCUUCCUCCUCCUCCUCCUCCUCCUCCUCCUCCCCCAAAAGGAAAAAUACUGAAAACAACUUAUUAUCUUCUCCAUCACUUCUCUCUUCUCAACUUUAACAAGACCCUUAACCUAACAAAAACACCUCUACUCCCAUUUUUUUCCUUUUUAUUUUACUUAAAUAUUUAACCCUAGAUGUUUCAGCCAUGGACAUAGCCCCCACUCCAACACCUAAAUCUCCUGAACCAGAGAGUGAAACCCCUACUCGGAUCCAACCCGCCAAGCCAAUUUCUUUCACCAACGGUGUUCUCAAGCGGAACCAUCAUCACCACCAACAUCCUGUAAUCAUCACCUACAAGGAAUGUCUCAAGAACCACGCCGCUUCCUUGGGUGGCCACGCUUUAGAUGGCUGUGGAGAGUUCAUGCCUUCACCUUCUUCAACCCCAUCAGACCCAACAUCCUUGAAGUGCGCCGCAUGCGGAUGCCACCGCAACUUCCAUCGCCGUGACCCGGAAGACCCACCUCCCACAAACACCGCAACUACAGCUAUAGAGUACCAGCCUCAUCACCGCCAUCACCCACCUCCACCACCGUCUCAUCGCAGUCCCAAUUCGGCUUCACCACCGCCUAUCUCUUCCGCCUACUACCCUUCCGCACCGCAUAUGCUUCUCGCUCUCUCUGGGUCCGGACUCCAUUCGCAUCCGGAUAACAUCAACAGCAACAAUAAUCAUCAUAUGGGUUCAAAUUCCCACGUUAAUUUGUCGUCGGCGGCAAUUGCGGCGAUGAGUAAUCAGAAUCCGAGUUCACGAAAGCGGUUCAGAACCAAGUUCAGUCAGUUUCAGAAGGAUAGGAUGCUGGAGUUUGCUGAGAGAGUUGGAUGGAAGAUGCAGAAGAGAGAUGAGGAUUUGGUGCAGGAAUUUUGCAGUGAAGUGGGUGUGGAUAAAGGGGUGUUGAAAGUUUGGAUGCACAACAACAAGAACACUUUUGGGAAGAGGGAUAUCAAUGGCGGUGGUGGUCGGACUGGUAAUAUCGACAGCAACGACAACAACAGCGAGAAUAAUCAUAACGAUAACAGUAAUGAUGGUAAUAACAACGAUGGCAGCCAUGGACACAACCUGAACCAUCAUCGGUUCGAGAGUGAUAGUCAUGUGGCGCAUGUUGGUACUAAUGGAUCUUCUUCUUCUUCUUGAUCGUUUUGAUGAAAUAAUAAAUUUGUUAGAUAGAGUAAGCAUCUGGUAUUAAUUAGUUGUUUUUCUUCUUCUUCUUCUUCUUCUUCUUCUUUAUUUUCUUUUUGGUUAGUUUAAUCAAUGAUGAAUCAUUUUGUUGAGGAUAAAAUGGAACAAAAUUGAUCCAAAGGGAAUUUAUUUUCUUUCCUUCAUUUUCCCUUAUGGGUUGCCUAGUACAUUUCUCAUCUGUAAUCCCCUUAAAAAAAGGAACUUUCUUUUCCUGGUUUGAUCUAA